AAUCACUCUCUCUCUCUCUCUCGCUAGGGUUUCCGAUAUCAAAUUCCUCAGAAAUUUUAGGGUUUUUUCUUGUUAUACCCUAAUCGGAAAUGAAGCUAAGCCAGAAAUUAAAGAAGCCUAGUUCAUCCACCAAGCUAAUUCUGCAAGAGAUCAUCGGUUUGACGACAACAAACGCCAAUGGAUUGGCAUCAGUUACUUGCAGCUCGAAAUGUGUUUACUUGGCGGGAUGUGUUGUGGUAGUCUACAAUGUAGAUUCUUUCACUCAAUCGCAUCUUGUUGUAUCUCAUCGUAUGCCUAAGCCUUUGAGCUGUGUUGCGGUUUCGCAGAAUGGGCGAUUUGUAGCUGCUGGAGAGUCUCCGAAUCUCUCUGCAGUCUUGAUUUGGGACUGUGAGACUUUGGGACUUGUCUCGGAGCUGAAAGGCCACCUUUAUGGAUCUCAGUGUCUUUCCUUUUCACCAAAUGGGGAAUAUUUGGUGAGUGUUGGAGGAUACAUAUAUCUUUGGGACUGGCGCAAAAGUAUCUUGAUGGCGAAGGUCAAAGCAAGUUCUAAUUUCUCUGAGAUAGCUUCUGUGACGUUCUCAUCCAAUGGAAAAUUCAUUGUUACUUCCGGGAACAAGCACUUGAAGUUCUGGACAGUUGGUUCUUUUCAGAGGACACGUUCAAGUAAAGUAGGAUCUUUGGCAUUUCAUGGAAAGCCAACUGAUAAUGGUUUUCAAACAGGAAACUCGUUUGUGUCAGUGGUAUCAAUCAAUAGAGUGAACUCUAGUGGAAUUGACGAACAAAGUGAUGAAUUUAUCUCAAUAUACGCUCUCACAGAAGCAGGUGUUCUAAUGCUCAUGGGUUAUGGAAUGUUAAUCAAGAAGUCGGUGGAUUUGAAGGUUGAAAAAUGUUUUGCUCUAUCUGCAUCCAGUGGAUUGAUAGCCUGCGCUUGCAGCAAGGGAAUGGUCCAGCUAUUUACGCCUGAAACUUUAGAUUAUGCUGGCACAAUACAAUUUUCAGAUGCUAAAAGUAGCAACACUGAAAAUCAGUCUCAUUCAGCAGAACUCAAAAAUAUAGAAUCUCCGCCUGUUAUCUUUCCGGACGCAGUUGCUUGCCAGUUUUCUACCAAAGAUAAGCUCGUUGUCAUCUAUGGGGAUCGUAGUCUCUAUGUUUGGGAUGUGAACGAUGUGAACAAGCCUACUAGGUGCUCGAUGAUGAUAUCACAUUCUGCCGGAAUUUGGGAUAUAAAAAACCUCUCUUGUGGAAAUUUGCACAGUCCAACAGCUGCAUGUGUAGCUAGGGGAUGCAGUGAAGGGGUUUCCUUCACUACAUGUUCUGAAGAUGGAACCAUCAGGUUGUGGGAUCUUGCUUUUGAAGUGGGUCCAGAAGCCAAUGCAAGCAGUAAUCCCUCAGAAUCUUCCACACAAGGGAUUAUGCAUUUAGCUAGCGCUGGAAUUUUUGAACGUGAUCUCGUUGAGACAUGUGGUAGCAAAUUUGGUUUCAGAGCACUGGCAGAUGCUCAUGAAGCAGAAAUUCAGUCAUUGAGCUUCAGCUCUCCUGGACUGAAAGACGUUGAUUCUGAAAAUGCCUUAAGCAGCGAUUUCUUGCUUGUUUCUGGUGGAAAGGGCCGAGCGAUCCACAUUUAUGAUGUCAAAAGGAACUUUGAUCCCGUUGGAAGUGUUUGUGGUUCAGCUGCUGUAACUUCUGUUAAAUUUGCAUGUAAUGGCCAGAAAAUGUUAACUUCUGGUGCAGAUAGGUUGCAGCUGUUUGACGUUGUCAGAAAAGCAAGUAGUGUGCGUCUUUCACCUUCUCAUCCUCAAACUCUCUCUCAUGGAACCAUCUAUGAUGUGGUUGUAGAUCCAACAUCAGGACUUGUUGUCACAGUGGGACAGGAUAAGAAGAUAAACAUAUUCGACAUAGGCAGUGGAAAGCUUGUUAGAUCAUUCAAGCAAGACAGAGACCAUGGAGAUCCCUUAAAGGUCAUUUUGGACCCAAGCUACAGCUACUUAGUAUGCUCCUACUCUAACAGAACAAUCUGCUUUGUCGAUUUCGUCACCGGAGAGUUGGUUGCUCAGGCCACAGGACAUGGUGAAGCUGUGACUGGUGUUAUUUUCCUACCUGAUUGCAAACAUAUCAUUUCAGUUGCAAGUGACGGCUGUAUUUUUGUCUGGAAACUUCCUUUGCGAAUGGCUACUCGUAUUAUACGGGCAGUAAAUGAAAAUGGCAGGUUAACUGUGGCCCAGCUCGAAAAGUUCAAGCAAAUUGUGGUUGAUUUGGAGAAAGACAAUCCAAAAGAUGCAUCAUGUUCUGCAAACUAUAAGCCAGUAGAAGAGAACGCAGAUCAGAUGCAGCAGCAAUGCUCCCCAUGGACAUCCUCAUUUAAGUUCAGCGUUUCUCGACUUCCUAAGUGGGCUCAAGCUAAAGUGGAAACAUCGGAUAUUGCUACCAAUUGUCAGGAUUCCAUUUCAAACCAGAAACAUGAAGAUGAAAGUCUGGCAAAUACUGUUGUUGACUGUGCUGAAGAAUGCUCUUCUGUAAAUCUUGACUGCCAAACUCCCAAACAAGGUUCAAAAGCCGAAAAUUCAUGCCUUGGAAGCCUUUCCAAAAGCUCCAGCGAUACUGAAACUUCAGUGCUUCAAAGAGAUGAUCCUAGCCACAGGAAAGAAAAAACCCGUUGGAACACUAUCUACAACGUGUGUUUGGAUCUUCUAAAUUCUCCAAACAUCCAAGCAUCUUUCAUUAAACAACAGAAACCUGAGAAUUUCUGCACCAAACAUUCUGCCGGGCAGGGGGGCAUGCUCAAGCAGUUUGAUAACAGUUUGUCAAUGAUAGACGAGGCUGAGGCCGAAAAAUCAUCCCAGCAAAGAAGAUAUUCGUCUCAGUUUGUCCUAAGAAGGGACUACAUUGGCGGAACCAAACAAUUUACGCGUACGCCCUCCCAGAAAUCAGGGUACAAGACUUUGAAAUCGAUCCAAGAACAUCUCCCUCUUGAUACGGUGAAUGAUCAAUCUUCGCAGAGUUCAGAAGAACAUUCUGAACAGGACAAGACGUCUUCAGAAGGAUUCCAUGAUACACUUGCAGACGAUUCACUUCAAGAAAGGAUAACUUCCUGCCGUCAAGCAUUACACGGUUUAAACGCUGCUGCUGCGGUUUUCGUCCAGUCAAUAUCGAAAUUAUCUACAGCUUCUCCUCGGGAUCAAAUCUCAGGUGAACUUAGAGCUCAGUUGUUUGAUGAAGCAGCUCUGAUGAUUCCAAAAUUGUCUCAUAACGUUAAUGAAGUUGUUGCCAAGAUAAUGCUUGAGCACAAAAAUAGAAACAAUGAUAGAAUGUUCUCCAAUUAGUUCAAGUAGAAAGAUUAUACAAAAAAACUCUGUACAGUUACUUCACCUUUCAAAUUCAAUAAUAAUGGAUUGUUUGUUGCUCUUCCUAAUUUGUCUUACAUUGACUGGUUUGCUUAUAUUUUUACUGCACAGACUUUUUUUCUUCUGAUAAAGUUACUUAUAAGGA